AUGGUACAAGCAAUAACUCGUCCGAUACAAUACUUGUUAAUCUCCUAUCUCCGGUAUCUUGUCGGCUUUCCUUCGCUGACUGGUAUAAAGGAUCAUCAAGUCACGGUUAUCAUCGAGGAAAAAACGGAUGCUGGGACGCAAAACGUACUCCAUGGCGCCACUCGGGCAUAUCUUUUCAAUAAAAUCAGAGUCGACUUGGUCAAGUUUUACGUCGGUGAAAUUAUGUUCGACGAUAUAUACCAAGGGGUCGAGCUCAAGUGGAGGAUUUUCGUUGAUAACAAAAAUGCUGGAAAUAUCAAUAAGCAGUGUUUCGAGCUGAGAUUUGACGAAAAGCACAGAGAUUUGGUUUUCGACUCUUACAUACCUUUUGUGGAGAGCCAGGCCAAUAGCAAGAAGAAGAGAAUCCUCGAGAUGCACACAUACUCUCAUUGCUCUGACUCUUGGGGAAUCAAGAGCCUCAAUCACCAUUCAACCUUUGAAACGAUUGUUAUGAAGGAAGGGCUCAAGCGUGACCUCAUCGAUGAUCUUGACCGGUUCAUCAGCAAGGAAGAUUUCUACAAAAGAGACCGGCGACGGCGACACUGGGUGAGAUUUUACUUGUUGCAUGGGCAACCAGGGACCGGAAAGACUAUUCUUGUUGCUGCUAUGGCUAAAUAUCUGAACUUCGAUGUCUAUAAACUAACCCUCCCUCUAGGGUUGAAAACUGACUUCGACCCGAGGAGACUUAUCUCCAGAGCCAAGGACAGCUCGAUUCUCCUCGUAGAGGAUAUAGACGGCUCCCUCGAGAUUGACAUGGGACGUUGCUGUUUUGAGGGGUUCAAAACGUUGGCGUCUAACUACUUGGGCCUCUCUCAUGACAAUGAUUGCCCACACCCUCUUUACCCGGAUAUCAAACGUUUGAUUGAUGGACAAGCUGUGACACCAGGUCAACUCGCAGAGGAGCUAAUGAAGAGCCUAGACGUUGAUAUCGCCCUCCAAGGUUUGGUGAGGACUUUGGAGAUGAAGAGUAGUUUAAUAUCAAGUAAGAUUGACGAAGAUGACAAAAGACUUGUGAAGUAG